AUGACGAACUAUCUACAAGACCUACGUACCAACCGUCCCGCUCGCCCUACAGGCUCUCGGCCUCCUCCCGCACAUUUCAACACCUGGUCCAGCAGAUCCUCCAACAGAUUCUCCGAUUCGCCCGCUAUAUCGCCGCUCUCGCAUCCGACCUUUGAAGAGGCCGGUUGCAACGUUGACGCACCGCCGGCGUCAACAACCCCCGAACCCAAGUUACACCGGCGAGCAACUUCCAAUAUGAGCUUGGAUGAGAUGAUUGCAAGCACUGGGCGGCCUUUGGUUCAGCCUCCGCGAGGACGAGAUAUGUCAACGUCCGCAACGGCGAGGGAACGAACCCCGAGUGUGCAGUAUCGCGAGAGUGCACGGCGGCAGGUAGAGAAGGACGAGGUGCACGCAUUACGGGCAGCAUUGGAUGAAGCGGAUCUGAAGUCGGAGGAGAAACUAUACGAGGCGGCAAGAGACGAGGCUGCGGAGCUGGUCUGGAAGCAUAUCAAUCCCAAUGCGCCGGGCGCGAACCCAGACGCACCGUACGCCUAUCCUGGGUUGACGAGGAAGGGCAGCGUUCAGAGGAGCCAGAGUCUAGACCGCAGCGAGCAGGAUCUACAGCGGACAAAUUCGAAACUCCGCAGAAAACGCAAUUCGAUGGGCAGCACAUCCGGUAGCAGGAGCAGCAGUCUCCAAAGCCGCCGCGCUGGCAGUGGGUCUUCCCUCACCGCCAACGCAGCCUUCAGCACGUCCCCUACAAAGGCGAGUUUCAAUGGCGAUAAGGCAGAAGAUUCGGCAAUACUGCCGAAAGCAUCCUCAACUCCGUCCACGUCACACCGUAAAGUGUCGGAUCCAAACCAAAAACGGCGCAGCAGCAGCGGUUCGCGCAGGAGGACCAGUGCAAGCUUGUUCAAGAACCCCAACGACCAGAUUUACGAAGAACCAGAGGAAGAACAAGCUGCUCCUCCACCUCCAGCUGUCACGAACCCUCCAGCGCCUGCCAAGCUUCCUUUGGGGGUUAGACGGAAUCCGUUCGCUCGCGUACAAACCAUCAAAGACAAGAGUCUUGUGAGAUCGAACACUGAUCCAAUUGUACCUAUGAAAAGAUUUGAUCGUUUUGAGAUCCAGAGGAAUCCUCCAUCACAAUCGCGUAAUGCCGCUUACACUAGCAACUCGGCUCUACCCAGAACCAGCGAGGACGGCAAGUCAGAUGCGGAGAAUGAUCCCGAGGUCAAGAAGAAAGAUGGCAAAGAGAUUCGAAGUGAUGAAUUGCGUGCGGCAACCGGAUUUAAGCUAAAGGAUAGGAGUGGCAAACUUCCUACGCCAACAAUGGUGUCGGAUAGCCCAGGACGUCCGAUUGUAUCGUUCAAGAAGGAGUGGAAGCCCAAGGAGAUUGUACUCAAGGAGGAAACCUCAGCUCUUCCUGCUGCAUCGCCUCGGCCUCUCAGCCAGGCUACUAGAGGUCCUCGACCUUUAUCAAAAGCGGCGACUGCUCCGAUCGUUCCUACGAUCAGUACACACGCUGAGCCCCCAAAGAAGGUGGAACCUCCAACGCCGGCUCCAACUCCUGCGGUGAAGGCCUCAGCCACUCCGUCUGCUCCCUCAACCAGAGUCAAUCGGGCACAAAUCCCCGCCAUCAGCGUCUUUGAGGACCCUCCAGCGAGGCCACUCCCCAGCGUCGCAUCGUCAAGGAAAGUCAACACCCCGCCUCAAAACGCUGCGCCUACCGUACCAACAAUAAACGUCUCUCAGGCCCCUUCAGCGCGCCCUAAGCCAUCUUCAGCGCAUUCCCUUCCCACGAUUGCUGUCCAAGAGACGCCCUCAAUCUCUGUCAGCGCCCCCAGCGGCAGUUUCAGCUUGAAGAAUCGGAAGCUUCCCUCAACGUCCGCCACGCCUAUCCCCACGAUAUCUCACCUCGAAUGCGUUGCCUUCUACCCCGAGCCCUCUCUCAAGCACGCUGAGCGCGUCUCCCGUAUCCGCACCCGUCAACGCGGCGAAGACCUCCCCAUGCUCGAUUCCCACCCCACCUACGAAGACAUGCAGCGUCUCGAGUCCGAAGACGGGCACGACGAAUCACUCCGCUUCUACUGCCAUCUCGACUUCCACGAGCUUUUCUCGCCCAGGUGCAAGAGCUGCAAGACGCCCAUCGAGGGCGAGGUCGUCGUAGCUUGUGGCGCGGAGUGGCACGUUGGGCACUUUUUCUGCGCGCAGUGCGGCGAUCCGUUUGAUAGCUCGACGCCGUUUGUCGAGAAGGAGGGGAAGUGUAGGAAGCCGAUUACAGAGACGGUGGUGAAGGCAUUGGGGGCGGAGUGGCAUAUUAAUUGCUUUGUUUGCAUGGAGUGCUCUGGCCCGUUCGAGGACGGAAGGUACUUCCUCCGCGGGGAAUCGGAGGAUCCCGUCUGCAUGCGGUGCGAGGAGAGGAGGUUGAAGGCUUGA